CGCUGCCUUACUGCACACACCUACAGGUCAGCUAUGAAUCUCACUCAACAGGACCAAAAGCUUGACAUUGUGUUAAGAAACCAGGGCGUAACAGACUCAACCUUCGAAAUUUCAGAUGGCAGCCAUGACCCUGAGAAGACCGUCAUUGCUGACCCCCGUGCCGAGAGUCUGGAAGAGGGUCUGGACUCGAGGCCUGAAGGCAACCUUAUCUACUCCAUCAACGAUCGCCCACCCUGGUACCUCUGCAUUCUUCUGGGUUUCCAGCAUUACAUACUGGCAUUUGGUGGCAUCCUGGCAAUUCCUCUCAUCCUAGCCGAGCCGUUGUGCAUCAAAGAGAACAACGCUGCCAAAAGUCAGCUCAUCUCCACCAUCUUCUUUGUCUCGGGCAUGUGCACUUUGCUACAGACCACCCUCGGGACCAGGUUGCCGAUCCUCCAAGGAGGGACGUUCACCUUCAUCACUCCGACUUUAGCUAUCCUCGCCCUUCCCAAGUGGAGAUGCCCAGACACAGGUGCCACCCCUCACCCUAAUGCCACAGAUUCUGCAGCGCUCUUAGUGGAUGAUGAUGAGGUGUGGAAAGUCCGCAUCCGUGAGAUCCAGGGGGCCAUUCUAAUGGCCUCAAUGCUUCAGCUUGUUCUGGGCCUGUCGGGUCUCGUGGGGCUAGUGUUGAGGUUCAUCGGGCCGCUGGCCAUUGCUCCCACCAUCAGCCUCAUAGGGCUGUCGCUCUUCAUCCAGGCCGGGCAGAAGUCAGGAGCCCACUGGGGAAUUGCUGCUUUAACUGUUUGCCUGAUCCUUCUCUUCUCCCAGUAUUUGAGCAAAGUAAACCUUCCUCUCAUUGCUUAUAAGGACAAGAAGUGGAAAGUCUUCCAGUACCCUCUCUUCAAACUCUUUUCUGCUUUAUUUGGGAUGUGUGGAGCCUGGCUGGUGUGCUUCCUGCUGACAUAUUUCAAUGCCCUGCCCUCAUCUCCAAAUGAGUACGGCUACAUGGCCAGGACAGACAUCAAUCUUAAUGCAGUAAAAAGUGCUGCAUGGUUCUACGUGCCUUAUCCAGGACAGUGGGGUUCACCGACUGUGAGUGUGUCGUCUGUACUGGGCAUGAUGGCUGGAGUACUGGCUUCAACAAUGGAGUCCAUUGGAGACUAUUAUGCAUGCGCUCGUCUCUCUGGAGCGCCUCCACCGCCCACGCAUGCUAUUAACCGUGGCAUUGCGGUGGAAGGCGUGGGUUGCAUCUUGGCUGCCCUGUGGGGUAGUGGGAAUGGCACCACCUCCUACAGUCAGAAUAUCGCCGCUCUGGGAAUUACAAGGGUUGGCAGCAGAUUGGUACUUCAGACUGCUGGGCUUCUUAUGAUCAUCUUGGGACUCUUUGGUAAAUUCAGCGCAGUCUUUAUAACUAUUCCAGACCCCGUCAUCGGUGGAAUGUUUCUUGUCAUGUUUGGGAUGGUAGCAGCAGUGGGAAUUUCCAAUCUGCAGUAUGUGGAUUUGAACUCUUCCAGGAAUCUCUUGAUUCUUGGCUUCUCAACCUUCAGUGGUCUUGUGCUCCCAACCUGGUUUCACUCGAAUCCAGGCACGAUCAACACAGGCAUAAAAGAGCUGGAUCAGCUCAUAAUGAUUCUCUUCACCACCCACAUGUUCAUUGGUGGAUUCUUUGGAUUUGUUUUGGACAACACAAUACCAGGAACAGAAAAAGAAAGAGGAAUAAAGAGCUGGAGGAAGACGGUUCAUGAAGGAUCUCAAAUACACGUCACCGAUCAUUCCUGUUACAAUCUGCCUUUCUGCACAAACUUUAUUCAGAGGUUCAAACUGCUCCACUACCUCCCGUUCCUCCCAUCAGUUAAGUCACAGGAACUGGGAACGCAUCUGUAGUGCCGGAGCUUCCUGUGGUAAGGCUUGGUUUUUGAAUGGCACAUUGAAUGCGGGCAACACUCAGGCCUGGCUCCAGGGUUAAACUGAUCAGAAUAGCCACAGAAUUGCUGCGAUUUUCCAUGGAAAUCAUACAACCAUGGACAUUUUCAGCUCUUUUAGGAUUAUUAAAGUACAUGCUCCUCUAAAGCUCCAAUUAAACUUCAUUAUGUAACCUAUUGGU